AAUUGUCGCGCGCGCACGUUUUCAUGUUGCGCCUCGCGUACAACACGCUCCUGCGGUAUUUACGAGUAUUUAAGGGUACGGUCGGGAACUCGCGGAAGUUGUUAAUCAUUUCGUUUCAGUUGACGUCGCGUAUCGCGCUGUUUUUGCCGUUUGUGUCGACAGGAUGAGCACUAGAUUCACGGGGAUAAAACUAGGACCCCCCAUCGAGGUUUUUGCGGUGGUAAAAGCCUUCACGGACGAUCCCCACCCGAAAAAAGCUAAUCUCAGUGUAGGAGCUUACCGCACUAGCGAGGGUAAGCCAUGGGUUCUGCCUGUUGUAAAAAAAGUUGAAAAGUCACUCGCUGAUGAUGAUCUGCAAAAUCAUGAGUAUUUGCCAGUUCUUGGGUUGGACGCAUUUAGCGAAGCCGCUACAAGUAUGCUACUCGGUCCGGAUUCUCCUGUUAUCGCUCAAGGGCGUGCCUUUGGCGUUCAGACGCUUUCGGGCACCGGAGCGCUGCGUGUCGCUGCUGAAUUUCUGAGUCGUAUUCUGCACUACGACACCUUCUACUACAGCAUACCUUCCUGGGAGAAUCACAAUCUGGUCUUUACCAAUGGGGGAUUUAAAAACGCUUGCCAAUACACAUAUUGGGACGAAAAUACUCGUGGUAUCAAUCUAGAUGGAAUGCUCAACGAUUUAAGAAACGCUCCAGAAAACGCCGUUAUUAUUCUGCAUGCAUGCGCGCAUAAUCCAACCGGAUGCGAUCCAACGCCAGAGCAAUGGGCCAAAAUCGCCGACGUGAUACAGGAGAAACGGCUCUUCCCGCUGUUCGACAGUGCAUAUCAGGGUUUUGCAAGCGGUGAUUUAGAUAAAGAUGCGUACGCCGUGCGUAUGUUUGCCGAGCGCGGGAUCGAGUUCGUCGCCACGCAGAGCUUUGCGAAAAAUUUCGGAUUGUACAAUGAGAGAAUCGGUAACUUAGUCUUCGUGAUGUCUGACAUAAAGGAGCUGGUUCAAGCUAAGUCGCAAUUGACUCUGAUUGUUCGAGGAAUGUACAGCAAUCCUCCUAAUCACGGCGCUCGAAUUGUCGCGACGGUACUGAGGAAUCCGGAGUUGUUUGAGGAAUGGAAAGGCCAUAUUAGAACAAUGUCCAGUAGAAUUAGAGAUAUGAGACAAGGUUUGAGAGAGAGAUUGCUUAAGUUAGGCACUCCUGGUACUUGGGAUCAUAUUACCCAACAGAUUGGAAUGUUUUCCUACACAGGACUUACUGAGAGGCAAGUGCAGCAUCUGAGAGAGCAUUAUCACAUCUAUAUGUUGCGUAGUGGGCGUAUAAAUAUGUGCGGACUCAACGAAUCCAAUUUAGACUAUGUAGCAGACGCGUUCAACGAAACGAUAAAGAUGUUUCCGGAAACGCAAAACGAGUGUUAGAGGAAAAAAAAGACUACAUCACAAGUACAAAAUUAAACGGUCAAACCUCAAACGUUGAAUAUAUGGCAAUAUUUUGUACAUAACGAAAUUUCAGCCCAAAAUUGAUGCUCAGAAAAGAACGAUUAUUUUCGGGUGAAUAUUUGAAGUUUUAUUACAUAUAAGAGAAAGAGAGAGAGAGAGAAAGAGAGAUCGUACAUUGUUUUUCCGUCUUCAUAUCCUGUUUUGAGACCAACUAUUUGAUACGAUUAUUCUUCCUAUAAAAAAAAUCGAUUUUUUUUCUUUUUCUACAACAGUUCACGAGAUAAAAGUACAAAUUGUUGCAGAGUAUUACAAGAUGCCAAAUUUUUCUACGUAAUUGUGUCCUUUUUUCCCAAGACUUUUUUUUGUGACAUGUAACGUAAUUGUAAUUCGCUAUUAAAACCAAAAGAUAUUUGCUACUUUAUAAAGAAAUACGUCGUGAAAACACACUGUUGAGUGCUUUAAACGUUGAGUGCUUUAUAAACGAAUACUCUCAAACGUAGAUACGUAUAUUUUACGUAGAAAAAAAACAUGAGUCGGUAGAAAUUAAAUAGGAUUGUGUUAAGAAAGAUUAAAAAAAAAGUGUAGCUUGCAAAAAAAGUUACGUGUGUCACCAAGGCAAAGUGCAAGAUAUGUAGUUUUUCAUAUCUCAAUAAUAAUUUUGCUAUGUUUUAGUAAAUGUUGAAAUGAUUGAAAAAUUAUAGUAAAACAAUUUGCAAAUUUUAUUUUCGUAUAAAAAGUGGUGUUCUUUGCGUGCUCUAUAUUAAAUCAUCAAUUUUUGAAAAAAAAGAGAAGAAAAUGAUCAAUGUUUGUAGAUGUUAAAAUUUGUUGGCGUUACAAAAUCUCUAGCGAGAUAUAACACUUUGCUGUUAGCGAUAUUCAGUGUUCCUCCAAUGUGUUAGAAAAUGUGGGCUUCCUUUAUCUGUUAAGACUACAUAUGUGAGAAUCAGAGAUUUAUACAUAUCGUGUUGAAAUUUUAUUAAAAUACGUUGACAAAUCGGGUUAAUAAGUUGAACACUAAGAGAAACUAUAUGUACGAGAAAACAAUGAAUAUAUUUUUAUGGUAAAUAUUUUGUUCAAAAAAUCAGGACCACUUCUAUAUUACUCCUAACCGAUAAUUACGAAAAACAAAAUACACAUACCUGAUUGAAAAGAAACGCAUUCUGUACUGCCACUUUAUGCCAAUAGAAUUUGUACAAAUUUAUACAUGCAAUUAUAAAUAUUGAUAUUUUGUAAAAUCAAAAACUUUUUCUCUCUGUAAAAGAUUAUGUACAUACAAGUAUAUGUAUGUUAACCCGUAAUUGUGCUACAUUUAGAAUCUUUGUGUGAUAUAGAAUCGUUUAGCAUAAGACUACAAUGUAUGUAUCUUAUUUUUACUAUAAAAUUUAGUAUUGCACAUUAUAAAAAUGUAUCUCAGUAAGUAUAAUAUUUGCACAAAAGUUAUACAAAGUUACUCUGUAUAAAAUUGUAUAAAAUUGUAUAAAUGACAAUUACUAGUUAAUAUUAUAUUUUUGAAAAAAUAUCAAAGAUGAUGCAUUUAGGUGACAAAGGCAUUUAAAAUUCACAACUACAUCAAGUUUAAAUUUGUUUUUUCUCUGAAAUGUGUGUAUAUGCUCUAACAAUAUUAUUUUUCAUAAUAAAUGUUACUUGGCAAUAUGCAAAGUUACAAGAAUACCAACAAUGUUCUAACAAUAUAAUACAUGUAGUGUAAAGAGUAAUUAGCGGGAUGUCUUGAACAAAAUAUGUGAUAAAAAGAUUGAUAUGUAUAUAUAACAAUUACUACAAUUAUUAAUAUCUUUGUAGCAGUUUUGAGUAACUCUCGUCAAAUUUUAAAUUUCUCUUAAAACCAUGAUGAAAAAGCACGUAAUUAAAACAAAAAUAAAGAAAGUUGCCCAGA